CAACAUGGCUAUGGUCUGGUGAUGAGAUGGACUUUCCAUCAGACCACACAUCACACAAAAUUUAAUAAAAAAAAACCCUUAAAAAAUAUUCUCUGUGUUCUUGAAGCCAAUUUGCUUGGCCUUCCCUAUCAAAAUCUCCGGUUCUGUCUCUAUUUCUUAUGAUUCUUUUAUAUAAAACUCUCUCUUAACUACUUCUUAUGACAUUUCAACUGUAAUAAUAUUUCUGAAAAAUAAAAAUCUCUCCUUUCUCCUCAUAAGCUAAAAAAAAGCCUUAUUCUUUGUGGGCAUAUCCUCCAGAAAUCCCACCUUUCUUGCUCUCUGGUUCUUUGAAGUUCCUUCUUUAUGUGAUUUCAUUGGAUUAUAAGCAAGAAAAUGGAGAUUUGGAAGUGGGUUUUUGUUGGGGUUAUUUGGUAUGCUGGUCUUGUUUUGAGUAUCGGUGCUGUGGAACUGGGCAGGAGUCAACGCACUGAGAGGAUUUCAGUAAUCUAUCUUUGUUGAUGUAGCAAUCAAGAGAAGAGUUAAGGAAGAGGUAAGUGCUACUGAAGCAGGAUAGAUGGAAAGGGAUGAUAUCAGGAUUGUUAGCUAUUCUAGUAAAAUUCAACUUCUCUAGGGCUUAUUUUGAGCUUCACCUAGGUGAACAUAUCUGGUUGAGAUGGUCUAAGCUUGUACUUCAAUUGAUCGUAUGCUAAUAAAGACUUGGUCAAGAAAAAGCAUGAUUGAAUUUUUUCAGGUUUCUAAUGUCUUGAGUUCUAUAUUGGGGAAACAACUUGGCGUGAAGAUGGGCACUAAUGUGUCUAACACCUGGUACAUUUCUAUUCAUGAUGACAUAGGUGGCCAUAACAUAUGAUGAAAGAGCUUUCCUAACUCUUUGUUUCUGUUUGUUCUAUGUCCUUAUAUUAUUACAUGCACUAUGAAGAGGAACUGCCCAAGUCUGGAAAGCUAGAUCACAUUGGAGGGUCAAUUUGUCUCAAGUUAGAGAUUGAAAAGUUAAAAAUAAUAAUGCUGAAGCCAUUGUAACUGUCCAAGUAUUGUAUAUUAGACACACAUGACAUCUUGAAAUAGGGACUUGUGGAAAACAAUGUAAAAGAUAAUAAAAACAAUCGGCAAUAUCAGAUGUGAUUUGGUAAAUGUGGGGGCAAGGAAAGGGUAAAAUGAAGGUUGUGUUCUAGCUGAUUUAUAUGAAACAUUAAGUUUUAUCUUACGAAUAAUGGAUUUGUUGAAUCAGAAUUUGAUAAUGUGUAGAUUUCAGAAACUACAAAAGUUGUUUGGAGUUAAAUGAAUGAGAGAUCCUUAAGUAUGACUGGGCUAUACAACAUGCAGGUAGUGCUUGAGAUGUUUUGGAAGAUGAUCCUGUUGGAAAGCUGAAAGUUUUUGUCUAUGAACUUCCAAGUAAAUACAAUAAGAAGAUUAUGCAAAAGGACCCAAGAUGCCUCACCCACAUGUUUGCAGCUGAGAUCUUUAUGCAUCGGUUCCUAUUAUCUAGCCCUGUACGAACGCUCAAUCCCAAGGAAGGUGAUUGGUUUUAUACCCCUGUAUAUACAACUUGUGAUUUGACUCUAAAUAGCCUUUAUUUGCCUUUCAAAUCACCACGAAUGAUAAGAAGUGCUACACAACUUAUUUCUUCAAACUGGCCUUAUUGGAAUCGGACUGAAGGUGCUGACCACUUUUUUGUUGUGCCACACGACUUUGGUGCAUGCUUCCACUAUCAAGAAGAGAAGGCUAUCGAAAGAGGAAUUCUUCCCUUGCUCCAACAUGCCACCUUGGUGCAAACUUUUGGACAAAGAAAUCAUGUUUGCUUAAAAGAUGGCUCCAUUACAGUUCCUUCAUAUGCCCCCCCACAGAAAAUGCAAACCCACCUGAUUCCUGAAAAAACACCUCGGUCAAUUUUUGUUUACUUCAGAGGAUUGUUUUAUGAUGUAGGAAAUGACCCAGAAGGUGGCUACUAUGCAAGAGGUGCACGAGCAGCAGUCUGGGAGAACUUCAAGGACAAUCCACUUUUUGACAUUUCCACAGAGCACCCAACAACGUAUUACGAAGACAUGCAACAAGCUGUUUUCUGUUUGUGCCCCCUCAGCUGGGCUCCAUGGAGUCCGAGAUUGGUUGAAGCACUGAUAUUUGGUUAUAUCCCUGUUAUUAUAGUUGACGAUAUUGUUUUACCCUUUGCUGAUGCAAUCCCAUGGGAAGAAAUUGGGGUGUUUGUAGACGAGAAAGAUGUUCCAAAUUUGGACACCAUACUCACUUCCAUUCCACCUGAAGUGAUAUUGAGGAAGCAGAGACUGCUUGCAAACCCUUCAAUGAAGCAGGCAAUGCUAUUCCCACAACUUGCUCAAGCAGGAGAUGCUUUCCAUCAAGUUUUGAAUGGACUUGCUCGAAAAUUGUCUCAUGAUAGAAAUGUUUACCUGAAGUCUGGUGAGAAGAUCUUAAACUGGACUGCAGGCCUAGUCGGUGACCUGAAACCUUAGUAGCAGCUUUAACUUGAUGCUUCUUGAAGAAAUUCUUAGCAGCUUGCCCCUUAGCCCUGCCAACAAAGCUGGUUUAAUCAAGGUGGCUAUUUCACAAAAAGUGUAAAUAAUGAUUUUGCAUUCAAUGUGUCAGAAUAUUUAAGGGAGUGGCUAUUAGUUGUAAUCUGCCAUGGGUGAAGAAACUUCAAAUAGGGAACUGUUAUAUGUUUUAAUCCCCUUGAUGGACGACUUCAUUGUAGCAUAUAAUUAUCUCAUGCUGUGACCAAGUUUUAAACCUCGGCUAAUUUGAUCUGAAAA